AAUAGGAGUUGGAGGAGAUGGACUUAAUCCCUUCACAGAGUCUCUCUCCUCUCCCUCCUUCUCCUAAUCUCCUCCAAUCUCAAGCUCACUUUCUCAUCUCCAUUGACAAGUAAAAACCUUCUCAACCUCCUUACAGUUUUGUCAGUUUUCCCAUCACCUUAAAACAAGAAACAACAACGAACCGCGAUUCUAUUUUUCUUUUUCAUCGCUCGGAGAUUCAAAAGUCAUUCGCUUCUCUUUCAUUGAUUCCCUUACAUACAUACACGUUCAUCAUUUGCAACUCCUUGCCGUAAGUGUUGGACGAGAAAUCUGAAGAAAACUUUUACAGCGCUCUGUUCGAUAUUGACUUGCUUUCCGCCUUUGUGGCUUUCCUUGAUUAGCCUUUGUCUUCUUCUUUCAGUGUAUCUCCAAGAACACAAGCAAUGACACCCACCAACUCCAGCCUCCAUUACCGUCGCCACUCCAGCCUCCAUUACCGCCCCCACUCUAGCCUCCAUUACCACCGCCACGUCCGAUCAUAGCUCCGUCAGCAAAAGGCAAUAACUUGUUGGGAUGAUGACGAUGAAGAACAUGGAAACAAAAUUGAAGCAGUUGGGCAAUUUAGACUCAGAUCGUCUAAUUGCCCACUCAUAUUUGUUCUUCCUUUGUUCUUUGUCGCUAUUCUUCGUCGUCAAAUCGUUCCUCUGUUCUUCGUUGUUAGAUCAUUGGUUCUUCGUCGUCAGAUUGUUGGUUCUUCUUCAGGUUCAUAAAGCAUUCGCUUCUCUUUCAUCGAUUCUCUCACAUACGUACGGUCACCCAUUGCCGUGUUGAAUGAGAAAUCACAGAAAACUGUUCCAGCGCUCUGUUCGAUUUUGACUUGCUUUCCUGCCUUCUUACAAGUUGUUUGGUAUCUCUCUCGCUCUCUCGCUCUCAUUAUACAUGCAUCCAUUAUAUAUUUAUUUUUCCAAGUGUAUAUUGAACCACGCGGUAUAUUUCAAAUUAAUAUUAUUAUAAUGAACCGUAAAAGUAAUAGCUUUUCUGUUGUAAUUUUUACUUUUUUUUUUUGUUCACUUUUCAUGUUCUUUAUUUGUUCAACGUUCAUGCAUGAGCUAAUCUGAAAAAGGUUCACUUCAGAUUGUUGUUUCAUAGAUUUAAAAAUUCUAAGGAAAAUUUUCCCAAUAGUAUUUGAGUGGGGUUUGUUUUGUAUUUUGCUUUUUCGUCAUGUUCUGUUAUUGGAGGACACAUCUUUUAGUUAUAUGAUUGGAUUGCCAUUAAAAAUAUGAGUUUGCCGCUGAAGAUUCUGCUUGUUGUUCGAACUAUCAAUUAAUUUUUCUUGGUCAUAGAGUUUAAUAAUUUCAAUAAAGCUGAAGUCACAACAAUUUCAUAACGACACUCAAUUUUACCUACCACCUUAGUUACACAUGGGUCAUUUUAAAAAAGAUUGUAGAUUUGUGAUAGCCCAAGUGUGAAUUGGUAGACAAAUUGCUUUUUGUGAAAUUGUUAAGAAUUUUUGUUGUGACACUAGUUUUGUUGUAAGCCAUUGGCAUUAACCCAGCCGGCCAGCUCACAUGUAAAACUCAGCCGUCCAGCCCACAUGUAAACACCAAAAAAAGAAAAAAAAGAAAAAAGAAAAAAAAGAAGAAGGGUAAGUUCAAAAAAUGUAAACCCAGCACCGAAGACUCCAGUCUCCAAACAGAAAAACAAAAGAAAAAAAGAAAAGACAACCUAAGGGCUAAGAGGCAUGACAGAGAGAGUGAGAGGCGAGAGACUGAGAGAGACUCUGCCGCUGCCCAAACCGUGAGUGAAGCCGCCAAAACGAGAUGUGAGAGCUUGUUGCUGCUGCCCACGCCGUGACGCCGCCACCACGCGAGACCCAUCUCACAGACCCAUCUCGCCGUGACGCCGCUGCUGGCUUUGAUCUGCUCCAGCCUUCACACUACACACUCAAUGAAUAUUGAAGUUAUUCCAAGAGGAAUCAAGCCUUGAGGUUUUGGUGGGAAGUCAUGGAUAUUGGGACUGCUGACUCUGAACCCAGACGAAGUGGAUCAUUUAGUUGCACAAGCAGUGCCAAUUCUUCAUUGAGAAGGCGUUCUAUAAGUUUGUCAGCAGCUGCACCUGUACAUAUUGAUGAUGACAUUGAAAGUGAGAUUGUCUCAGAGGCAGGAGACAUUGGGGAUCGGGCUCUUCAUAGCAACAGGCACAGUGAGAGUAGCAGCCACCGCUUUUCUGUUGAUCCUGCAUUAGAGAAUGGAGUUUCUGCCCCCACUUCUGGGGAUACUCUGUUGCACCUUAAUAGUUAUUGGUCUCGUGAUCCACCAACAAUGACUACAAUCUCCGUAGUGACACCAUUGCCUGAGGAAAUCGUAUCUCCCCUUUACACAGAUGCAAUUGUGUGCUCUAAAGACAAAAAGCAAGUCGAUAAGGAAAGGUUGCCAAAGUUAUUGGAUUAUGCUUUCUGCCUCAUUCAUUUAGCUGUUUUUGGGAUUCUUGGGGUUUUGACGAGGUAUGUGCUACAAAAGCUGUUUGGUCCCGGAGUCGCUGGCUUGACAAACGAUGAAAACAUUCUGUACCUUGACCUUCCUUCCAAUAUGGUUGGUUCUUUCUUGAUGGGGUGGUGGGGUAUUGUUUUCAAAGCAGACAUAUCCAGCGUGUCAGACUACCUAGCAAUAGGAUUGACGACUGGUUAUUUGGGAAGUCUUACAACUUUCAGCGGUUGGAACCAGAAAAUGCUUGAUCUUAUUGUUGAUGGCCACUGGGUGCUUGCUGUGCUUGGUUUUCUUGUAGGUUUGUUUCUUGCAGCCUAUUCCAUUAUUUUUGGGGUUGAGACAGCCAAGGGUUUCAGGUGGCUUCUAAGAAGGCGAAAUGCGUGUACAGGAAGUGGCACUCCAAGCUCAAGCAGCAACUGGAGGGUGGACAGCUUCAAGCGUCACUUAGCAGUCAUGGUGGUGUUGAUUUUGAUGCUAGGCUUGUUAUGGGGUGUAUGUGGAGCACUAUUGAGGGAGGAGUUUAGCAGUGGCGGCAGUGGUGCUCAGCUAUGGUUGGCUUGUUUUGUUGGACCUCCAGGUGUGUGGAUCAGGUGGUUCUUAGCCAGACUUAAUGGACGUGGGUUAGGCAGGGCUGGUUUGUUUAAAUGGGUGCCAUUUGGGACUCUAGCUGUCAAUGUUUCUGCAGCUUGCAUCAUGGCAGCCCUCUCUACUGGGAAGAAAGCUGUGAAUAGCCAGACUUAUGAUACUGUGGCUUCGGGCAUACAAAUUGGAUUGGGCUGUCUGAGUACUGUCUCUACCUUCAUUGCCGAGUUCUAUGCAAUGAGAGAAAGCGAACACCCUUGGAGGGCAUAUGCAUAUGCAUUGAUUACCGUUUGCAUCUCAUUCGGGUUGGGGAUAUUAAUAUACUCUGUACCUGUUUGGACAAAGGGGUAUGGGUAAUAUGUUUUUGUUUUUUUUUUUUUUUGGGAGGAGGUAGAGCAGGUAGAUGGCAGCCUUAUUGUGUACAUCAUAUAUGCCUGAUAUCAAGUUGGCAUUUAGGGUUCAUUUAGAUACAGUUGAAAACUAAAAAUUAAAAACUGAAAACACUGUAGUAAAAUUAUUUUUAAA